AUGAGCUCUCCAAAACUCUGGCAGAAAGCAUCCAUAUCUAGACUGGCAGAGGAGUUUUUCUGGAUUGGGGGCAGCGUGGUUGCACAGCCUAAAUGGAGGCUAGGUCAAAUAGUGGAAAGGUGUAUGUGCACCAUGCAGGCUGGCACUCAGAUGACCAAACUGAAGGGGAAGAAGAAAGGUUUGGUCCGCUUCUUUUACCUGGACGAGCACAAGUCCUGUGUCAGAUGGCGGCCCUCCAGGAAACACGACAAGGCCAAAAUAACUAUUGAUUCAAUCCAUGAAGUCUGUGAGGGGAAAAAAUCUGAGAUCUUCCGGAAGUACGCAGACAACCGCUUCGACCCAAACUGCUGCUUCAGUAUUUACUAUGGGGAGCGAGUGAAGUCCCUGGACCUGGUCUCCACUAACGCAGAGGAAGCCCGCACCUGGAUCACUGGGCUGAAAUACCUCAUGGCUGGUAUCAGCGAUGAAGACAGUUUGGCCCGGCGGCAACGAACACGCGAUCAGUGGCUACAGCAGACUUUCUCUGAGGCCGACAAAAACGGAGACGGCACUUUGAGCAUCGGAGAAGUUCACCAACUGCUCCACAAACUCAAUGUGAACUUACCCAAACAGAAAGUCAAAGAGAUGUUUCAAGAGGCAGACACAGAUGACAACCAAGGCUCUCUGGGCUUUGAAGAAUUUUGUUUGUUCUACAAGAUGAUUUCCACACGCAGAGACCUCUAUCUGAUAAUGAUCUCCUAUAGCAACCAGAAAGAAGUCAUGGAUCUCCACGACAUAGCACGCUUUCUGGAACAUGAACAGAGGAUGCGAGGCCUGGCCAAAGAGUAUCUAGUUGACAUAGUGGCAAAAUUUGAGCCAUGUCCUGAGAACCUGCAGCGUACGGUACUGGGUAUCGAUGGUUUCACCAACUACAUGCGGAGUCCUGCAGGUGACAUCUUCAACCCUGAGCACAAUCAGGUGAACCAGGACAUGACACAGCCUCUGUGCAACUACUUCAUUGCCACAUCACACAACACCUACCUGACAGGAGACCAGCUACUGUCUCAGUCCAGGGUGGAAAUGUAUGCCUAUGUUCUCCAGGCAGGCUGUCGCUGUGUGGAGGUGGACUGCUGGGAUGGACCCGAUGGAGAGCCCAUUAUCCACCAUGGUUACACCUUGACAUCCAAAAUCCUCUUUAAAGAUGUUAUUGAAACGAUCGACAAAUAUGCGUUCACGAAAUCACAGUACCCAGUGAUCUUGUCCAUAGAGAACCACUGCACUGUGCCUCAGCAGAAAAAGAUGGCAGAGUACCUGAAAGAAGUGCUGCAGGACAAACUGGACCUGUCCACUGUCAAUGUGCAUGACUGCAAGAAGCUGCCCUCCCCUGAGAUACUGAAAGGAAAAGUUCUAGUGAAGGGAAAGAAGCUGCCGGCAAACCUCGACCCUGAUGCUGAGGAAGGUGAUGUGUCUGAUGAAGAUACUGGUGAUGAGGAUGAGGAAGAGGAGGAAGAUGAAGAUGACCCACAGGCAAGUGAAACAUCAAUGGAUGGGUUGUGGUUGCCCAAGAAGAAGAGACGAUUAGGCAGAUCGAUCAUGAGGAGCUUCAAACGAAAGAGGAAAAAGAGAAUUCGAGUGAAAAACAAGUCAAUGUCUGAUGGAGAAUCAGACUACAGCAGCAGCAGGGAAAGGACCCAAAUUGUUUACCACCCAAAGAAGAGGAAAACAAUGAGGCUGUCUCGAGCUCUGUCUGACCUGGUCAAAUACACAAAAUCUGUUCGUGUCCACGACAUAGGAACACAAGCGUUUGUGAACAGUUGGCAGGUAUCGUCCCUCAAUGAGACCGUUAUGAACCAGAUCUUACAGCUGAAGCCAGGUGAGCUGGUGCGUUUCAACCAGCGCCAGCUCCUCAGAGUCUACCCAUCCAACUACAGAGUGGACUCCAGCAACUUCAACCCUCAACCAUACUGGAAUACAGGAUGCCAUAUGGUUGCGAUGAACUAUCAAACAGAGGGACGCAUGCUCGAACUGAACCGAGCCAAGUUCUCAACCAAUGGAAACUGUGGUUAUAUUCUGAAGCCUAAGUGCAUGUGUAAAGCUGCCUUUAACCCCAUGUUGGAGGAUCCUCUGCCGGGACAUAGAAAGACACAGUUAGUGCUAAAGAUCAUCAGUGGACAGCAGCUUCCCAAACCUAAAGACUCCAUGUUUGGGGACAGAGGAGAGAUUAUUGAUCCCUUUGUAGAGGUUGAGAUCAUCGGUCUAAGUAAUGAUUGUUCCAAGCAGCAGACCAGGGUCGUGGAUGAUAAUGGUUUCAACCCGAUGUGGGAGGAGACCCUCGUCUUCAAUAUUCAAAUGCCACAGAUCGCCCUGGUGCGUUUCCAGGUGUGGGAUCAUGAUCCCAUUGGGCGAGAUUUCAUUGGACAGAGGACUGUGGCUUUCACCAGUAUGAUGCCAGGUUAUCGGCAUGUGUACCUGGAGGGGAUGGCAGAGUCAUCCAUUUUUGUUCAUGUUGCUAUCAAUGAUAUAACAGGAAAGAUCAAACCCUCUAAUGCAGUGCAAGCUGCCAGAAAACACAUCCAAAAAGCAGCUCAGAAGCACAUGAAGGGUCCUCUACGGCAGCCGUCUCUGGACUUCUCCGUCCAGUCCUCGGAAGAUGGACGUGCUCUGUAUUUCCGCAAGGAUCUGGAUACCAUCUCUCAGGACAGCAGGAAUGGGGAACUGUCUUUUCUGGUACAAGGGCCAGCAGCCAAGGGUGCCAUCCACAAAGGGACCAUGAGCGAGCCAGUGAGGCGUGCUCACAGAGUUAAAAUUCAUGAACCAGUCGAGACAAGGAGAGGAAUCUUCAGCCGGAUGUCCUCCACUGACUCCCACUACAUGGGGGCUGCUCCCUGUGUGAUAGCCGAGAGCUUUGACCUUGAGACCUCUUCCCAGGCUUCAUGUCCAGACGGUCCUGCUCCAGACAGCCAAAAUCCAAUUCAAGAAGAAGCAGAGAAUGAACUUCAUGAACCACCAAAGUCAAGCUGUGCAGAGCAGGAGACCCUUCACACAUUAGAAGCAGAGGAGCCUAAACAAUCAGACAAAUUACCACUAGAACCAGAAACUGGUACAGAACCUGAAAAACCACCACAAACUCCAAGUUCAACUGAUUCAGUCCCUCAGCAUCAGCCUGUGCCACAGCCUCUUAACCAGCCUGAAGCCAAAUCUACUCCACUUAUCCCUCCACCAUCCCCUGCCAGGGUGAGACGGACCCUGGAGGCUCCAGCCACCCCCCGACCAUUCACCCUGAUACGGACAAAAGCCCGCUCACGUAGUUGCCCUCGAAAACCAACUACCUCCCCUCACAUGGUGAACCACAAACCUGUUUUCCACUGGCAGACGCAUCGUGCACCAAAAUAUGGCAGCUACAGUAACCAGGUGAAACAGGUACCCAACGGUCUCUGCCUGUCAGACAGCACAUCAGGCAGCAGCGGCGGAAGCACAGACAGCCUGGAGUUUGUGCCCUCCUGCGUGCCAGCCGACGCAGGGCAACGUGAAGGGACUCUUCAGAGGGAGAUGAGGGCCCUGUUUGACCAAAAGAUUAGAGAAAUCCACUGCAAAUCACCACUUUUUCUGGAUGGUGAGUCAUGA